AUGACUAAAUCGAAUUCAUUUGACUAUGUUGGUUCAUUGAUUGACAGUGAUUCAGGAAUUGGUCUUGACUAUAAUACGUCAUCUUCAACUUUAAAUGAAUCAUUGCCGCCAUAUUUUUCUCGAUCACUAACACCAUCUCCGGUUCCUUUCACUUCGACGACAACAACAACAUCACCACCAACCCUUAAAAAACGUUAUGAUCUUGUGCCGACAACUAAAUUUUUUUCCGAUGGUAUUAUUGAACGUAUUCGUCCGGCUAUAAUGAGAAAUAGCGAAAAUGGAGACUAUAUCGUUUGCCAGACAAAUCGCGGAACAUUCAUUGCUCAUCGAACACCAAUAGUUCCUGAAUGGGUUCGAGAUCUUGUUGAAGAGAUCGAAUAUCAGCAGCGAUAA